GUGGUCGCUUGCUCGAGACGGUCGGCUGACACAUGCUUCCUGCCAGACCUUCCUCAAUGCCGGCCUGUACGCCAGCAGCACGUCCGACGAGGCUGCGCCGCGUGCGGCGCGCGCUUCGAUGUCGGGCGUUAAAGCCGCUCCCUCGACGUCGGCUCGCGGACGUGGACGCGCGUCACUCCCAGCUCCUACUGGCACGGCGCGCACGCGCGGCAAGCAGGGUGCCUCGGCCUUCCCGGCGCCGGUGCACUACGGCGAGACGCUUCUGUCAGGAUCGCGCGACUUUCGUCUGUCGUUUCCCAUCGCCGAGCAGGAAGACGCGCUGCGCAACAAGCUGGCGGCGAAGCGCAAGCCGCCGCCGUACGGCCUCAUCUCGACGAACCGCUGGGUCUCGCGCAAGCGCAUCCACGGCGAGAUCCCAGUCUGCCAGUGCGAGCCGGGCGACACGUGCGGCGACGAGUGCAUGAAUCGCAUGAUGCAGUAUGUCUGCAGCGAGAAGACGUGCCCGUGCGGCGACCGCUGCACCAACGUCAGCCUCGGCCGCCGCCCUGGAGCGAAGACCGACGUGGCCUACUACGGCGAGCGCGGCUUCGGCCUGCGUGCGGCGCAAGACAUUCCCGCCAAGAGUUUCAUCGGCGAAUACCGCGGCGAGGUCAUCGACACGGCCGAGUGCGGCCGCCGUGUGACGCAGUACUACAAGGACACGGGCAACUUCUACUUUCUCGACUACGACGCCGCCGCCGGCGAGGUGCUGGACGGCGGCCUGCGUGGCAACUCUGCCCGCUUCGCCAACCACUCGUGCGACCCGAACUGCUACAUCGAGAAGUGGCUCAUCUCCGGCUCUGACGAGGAGCGCGACGCCGAGUUCCAGAUCGGCCUCUUUGCGCUGCGCGACAUCAAGGCCGGCGAUGAGCUGACGUACGACUACGGCUGGUCAGCGUUCGCGGCGCGCAAGGCAGUCGCUGGCGGGCUUGCAGCCAGCAGCGUGGCGGGCGGCCUGUCCGGCGGGCUCGGCCGCGGGCUCUCGGGUCUCGGCGGAAUGAUGUCGAGCUUCGCUGGGCCCAGCAGCUUUGCAGGUGCAUUGAACGCCGCAGACGUGGCUGCCCCCGCCCUCGCGAGCGCAGAGAUGACCAUGUCCGAACGCUGCCUGUGCGGAGCCGGCAACUGUGCAGGCAUCCUCGGCGGCAAGAAGGCUCCGCCGACGGCCGCUGCCAACCGCCAGCUCAUCGCGUGCGCGACGGCAGCUGAGGCAGGUGCCAAGGUCAAGGCAGCCAAGGCGGCUCGCGACAACUCGUCUCGCAGCUCGCAGGCCGACAGCAACGCGCUGAGCGUGCCCAACACGCCGUCGCGCAGCAACGCCAGCGCCCGCAGCUCCGUUGCCGUCGAGCCGCUGACCUCGUCGCAGCGCGAGCGCGAGGCCAGCUCGUCCCGUGCCUCCGAGGCCCGCUCGGCGCGCAGUCUGGCUCGCGGCUCGCCCGUGCAGUCGUUGACGCCGCCUCGUGCCGCGCGCGUGGGCAGACGCAGCGGUGCUGCAAGCAGACGCCUCGCACCGAUGGACCUCGACAGCGACGCAGGCACGACUGCCUCGCGUUCGUCUGGUGCCGAGGACAUGCCUGCUCUUCGUCUGCCUCUCAUCGCGCCCGUCGCGCAGCAGCAGCAGCAGGAUGAUGUGGAGAUGUCUGUCGACAGCGCCGCAGGCCCUGCAGCCUCACCGAGUGUGGCGGCACCGGCCGCGAGCGAGCCCGCUGGCGCAGACACUGCUCCUGCGGCGGCACAGGCUGAUUCGCCAGCGCCGGAGGCCGACGACGCCUCGCUCGUUCGCACGACGCGUCUCGGCCGCAACGUCAAGGCGCCUGUUCGCUGGGCUCCAUCGCUGGCGCCCACCUUCCACCGCAAGAGAAAGACGCCUCCGCCCGGAGACAAGCCGGCGACGGCGCCGCAGAAGCUGCCCAACGGCUUGCCGUGGAAGUAUCGUCCCGUCGAGAAGCGCGUCUCUCGCAAAUCAGCUUCAGCUGCACCGGAUGCGCAGGCCGGUGCCGAGGCCUCCUCAUCGACGGUGCCCGCGGACGCAGGCACUGCGGCGACAAGCAAGUCUCUCGGCAAGCGCAAGCGCGGCAGCGCAGCUGGCACGGCCGAAGCGAGUGCCAGCGCGGCUGGCGAACAGGAUGCAGAGGCCGACGGAGACAAGCGUCCACGUCUCGAGGGCCCGGACGGCCGCGCCGACGCCGCGCCCGCAGCGCCUGUCAAGAAGAAGCGCGGCCCGAAGAAGAAGCGCAAGCCCGGCCGUCCUCGCACGCGCAAGCGCCCCUUCUUCGACUUCAGCAAGUUCCCGCCCGGCACGGAGUUUGUCACGUCCGACGGCAAGCCGUACGACUUCACGCGCGAGCACAAGGUCGGCCGCAAGCCGAAGAUCUACACGCGCGAGCAGUACCAGCGCAAGAUCGUCGAGAAGCGCGACCGCAACGCAUUCCUGGCGCGCAUGCGCAGACGCCAGGCUGACGCUGAAGGCGAAGGCGACGGAGAAGACGGCGACGAUGCAUCCGAUGGCUCGGGCAGCGACAGCUUGUCCGACAAGUCCGACGAGGAGCAGAUGCCUGCCAUCGGCGAGGCCUCGGGCAGUGGCUCGCGCGCCAACGGCAGCUCGCCUGCUCGCGGAUCUCGCGCGCCGUCUCUCGCCAAGUCCGCCAGCGGCAGCACGGUGCCUGUCGUCGGCGCUCCGCUGACCAAGGCCGAGCGCACGAACCUCGAGAUGACGACCGAAGACUACCGCUUCGCCGCCAUCAGCCGUCUUCUCUACCUCAAAUCGGCCAAGAAAGCCAUGGCCGACGCCGGCAUGGACGAGACGGACAUUCGCAAGGCCAAGAAUGGAUACCUGGCGCGCAUGCGCCGUCUCAAGCUGCGCGGCUACGGCGAGGAGGCGGCUGCGCGCCUGGCAUACAAGACGCAGAAGGAGGAUGGGCCCGAGACGCCGCUUGCGCGCGCCGUGGCCAUCCUCGACGUCGCGCGCAACGAGUACAAGCUCGAGCACGCCAAGGAGAAUGCGCGCCAGCGCCGCGAGCGCUACAAGAACAAGAAGCGCACGCAGGCUGCCGCUGCGUCAGACGAGGCUGGCCCUGACGACGCUGGUGCUGCAGCGGGCAGCUCUUCGGCUGCUGGCGCUGCAGCGGGCAGCCCUGCGGCUGCUGGUGCUGCAUCAGGCAGCUCUGCGGCUGGCCCAAGCAACGCCGGUGCUGCAGCGGGCAGCUCUGCGGCUGCCGUUGUGGCCGCACGUGCUGCACCCAACUCGGCGGCCGGUGAAGGUCGCAGCGUCGGCGCAGAGCCUGGCCAGGUCGAGGUCAUGGCGCGCCCGCCUCAGCCACCCAAGGCCAAGGCCAAGGCCGCUCCGCGCACAGCAGUGCCUCGACCCUCGGCUCGUCCGACGGCUGCUCCCUCGGCUCGACCGGCCGCUGGUGCCUCGGCGCCGCUCGCGCCUCCGGCCCCGCCGGCACCCCUCAGCGACGAGCCGCUGCGCGCGCCCGACGCAGCGCCGCCGAGCCGUGCAGCUGCGAACGGCCACGCCGCUCCGGCAAAUGGCGAUGAGCGUGCCGAGGCGCAGCCUUCCGGCUCGGCGAUGAAUCCCUCCAACUUCCUCGAGCAGCGUCGCUCCAUCGCGUCCGCGACGCGCUCUUGAAAAGCGGGCAGCGACUCCGCGCAGCUGUGGCGUCGCCACACCCUUCCCCGGCUCUUGACCCUGACUCUAGCUCCGUCGCUUCCCUCAUGACCUCACCACGACGUUACCUACCUCACACAUAUUCACACCCCGGCAAAUGAAUCGCGUCACCUCACGCG